AUGCUCGGGGCCCGGUGUCUGCUGCGAGCCCUGCGCUCCUGCUCCUCUGCUCCCUGCCCGAGACCCAAGCCUCCGGCCAGACUGAGCGUGCGGGACGCUCUCAGGGUCCAGAGCCCGAGUGGGGAGCGCGUUACGGUUCAGGGAUGGGUUCGUUCAGUCCGAUCCCAGAAGGAAGUCUUGUUCCUGCAUGUAAAUGAUGGUUCAUCUUUGGAAAGCCUUCAGAUUGUAGCAGAUUCAAACUUAGAAAGUAGAGAACUAGACUUUGGUUGUUCAGUGGAAAUUCAAGGGCAGCUGGUAAAAAGUCCAUACAAAAGGCAAAAUGUGGAACUGAAGGCAGAAAAAAUUGAAGUUGUUGGAACUUGUGAUCCCAAGGAUUUCCCUUUAAAAUAUAAAGACAGACCUCCUCUGGAGUAUCUGAGACAAUUUCCUCAUCUUCGGUGUAGAACUAAUGCCCUGGGUUCUAUACUGAGAGUUCGCAGUGAGGCCACAGCUGCUGUUCACUCUUUCUUUAAGGACAAUGGUUUUGUGCAUAUUCAUACUCCAAUAAUCACAUCCAAUGACUGUGAGGGGGCUGGAGAACUCUUUCAAGUUGAACCUUCAAGCAAAAUAAAGGUACCUGAAGAGAAUUUUUUUGAUGUUCCUGCUUUCUUAACUGUCUCGGGACAACUUCACCUAGAAGUGAUGUCAGGAGCUUUUACUCAAGUGUUUACCUUUGGCCCAACAUUUCGAGCCGAGAAUUCUCAGAGCCGGAGACACCUGUCAGAGUUUUAUAUGGUAGAAGCCGAGAUCUCUUUUGUUGAGAGCCUUCAAGAUAUCAUGCAGGUCAUGGAGGGGCUCUUCAAGUCCGUCACAGCGAUGGUUCUCGCCAGCUGUCCCGAGGAUGUUGCGCUCUGCCACAAAUUCAUUGCUCCUGGCCAAAAGGACAGAUUAGAACAUAUGUUAAAAAACAACUUUUUAACCAUUUCUUAUACGGAAGCUGUGGAGAUCUUAAAACAGGCGUCCCAGAACUUCACCUUCACCCCAACGUGGGGUGUUGAUCUGUAUACUGAACAUGAAAAAUACCUGGUGGAGCACUGUGGCAACAUACCAGUCUUUGUCAUUAAUUAUCCAUUAUCACUGAAGCCUUUCUACAUGAGAGACAAUGAAGAUGGGCCUCAGCACACAGUUGCUGCUGUUGACCUUCUGGUUCCCGGAGUUGGAGAGCUCUUUGGAGGAAGCCUCCGAGAGGAGCGGUAUCAUUUCUUAGAGCAGCGGCUGGCCAGAUCAGGACUGACAAAAGCCUACCAAUGGUAUCUGGACCUCCGUCGAUUUGGAUCUGUGCCACAUGGAGGUUUUGGGAUGGGAUUUGAACGCUACCUGCAAUGCAUCUUGGGAAUUGACAAUAUCAAAGAUGUCAUCCCUUUUCCAAGAUUUACUCAUUCAUGUAUUUUGUAA